AAGAACAUUUCAUUUGGAGGAUUGUGUUUCAUCUGUUGACUGAGUAGUCUGCCACAUCAUUUAACUCCACUCCUGGAAAAUACCUUUAAGUUAUCUUUGCUGCAACCGAAGUUGUUUAUGUGCAGCCAUGACACUUUAAUAGACACAUUAAACUUAGCGGGAGCAGGACGGUAACGUUAGGUGCUGUUGGUAACAGAAGAGCGGUGACAUGGCCAUCGCCCAUGUGGCUACAGAGUACGUGUUCAGCGACUUUCUGCUGAAGGACCCCAGCCAGGCUCGAUACCGCAACAUCCGAACUGAGCUGGCUGUGGACAAGAUGGUGACCUGUGUGGCGGUGGGCCUGCCCCUCCUGCUCAUCUCUCUGGCCUUCGCUCAAGAAGUUUCAGUUGGUACUCAGAUCAGCUGUUUUGCUCCUUCUAACUUCUCCUGGAGGCAGGCUGCUUAUGUGGACUCGUACUGCUGGGCGUCUGUACAUACACACACUCUACCUCUGUGGCUGCACAAGUUCUUUCCUUACAUCCUGUUGCUGGUGGCGGUGCUGAUGUACAUCCCGGCGUUGUUCUGGAGGUUUUCUGCGGCACCCCUCCUGCAGUCGGACCUCAGCUUCAUCCUGGAGGAGUUGGACCGGUGUUACAACCGCGCUGUCACUCUGGCUAAACGCAUGGCCUCCUCAGGACUGCUCACCCCAGACAGCGACCCCACCGAGGGCUGUUUCAACUACCCGCUGGUGGAGAAGUUUCUGAUGACCAAGCGUUGCUCUCGGUCGAUGCUGUUUUACUACCUGCUGUGUCGCGGCCUGACUCUUGUGACCCUGCUGUGUGCCUGCGUCUACCUGGGCUACUACCUCCGCCUGGCCUCCGUCACGGACGAGUUUGGCUGCGGCCUGCGUGUCGGCCUGCUCGCCUCCGACCCGGGCGUCCCCGAUAAGGUGCAGUGUAAGCUCAUCGCUGUGGGAGUCUUCUCUUUGCUGAGCCUCGUCAACUUGGUCCUGUUCACUGCGCUCAUCCCUGUGGUGAUCUAUGCCACUCUCCGUCCCCUCUUCUGCCACGGAUGCGCCCGCUUCCUGGAAACCUACCAAUCUCUGCCCACCGUGAGCGUCCUGCCCCCCCCUGAUAGCCGAUGGGACGACCUCUCUCUGUAUCUGCUCUUCCUGGAGGAGAACAUCAGUGAACUGAAGUCCUACAAAUACAUCAAGGUGUUGGAGUUGUUGAGGCGACGAGGUGAAUGCACCGGAGAAGACUUUGAUGCCAUGGGUCUGCUGCAGACGCUCUGCCUGGUGAAGAUGGACAAUGUGGAUGGGAGUAAACGUUCUGGUGCUGGAGGGAGACGGGAUGAAGGAAGGACCAAGACAACGGACCCUGGCGGCGGCGGUGGCCCCGCAGCAGCCAAGAACAGCUGCUACCGUCCCAACUCAGCCGCAGAUGCCGACAGGAAGAUGGAAACCGAGAUGAAAGUGCUCAUUCCUUUGCUGCCAGAGAACAGAGACGUGACAGGCAGCAGUGAGGGAGAGACGCUCCGGCAGCGAGCCGUGUGAUGGGCUGCUGGACCGAGAGGGUUCUUGAGGGAACAUGAUACAUCCACAACUCCUGACCCUGCUGUCCUGAUGGAGGGAUGUGAUGGGAGAGUGAAGCACCCUCAUCAUCACCAUCACCAUCACCAUGGAAGUUCCAUCUCAUCUCUCAGCUGUUCAAGCAUGUUUUUAGUCCCUUUCUUUUAUUGAUGUGCCUUUUUUUUUUGCAGUGGUUUGAGAAGCAGAUUGUUUUUGUCUUAAAGCGCAAAAUAAAAAGAGGAGGAAGUGAGCACUGUGAACAUGUUGGUGCAGGUUUCAGGAAUCAUUGACUUUGUCAUACAAAUCUACUGUUAAGUUAAUGGUUAAAGGCCUGCUUUGUUUUGAAGAAUCUUUAGAUGUAUAAAAGUGUGAUACAUAUGUUCAUGUUUAUACAGCUAUCGGUAGUGUGGGGUUUGUGUGAGCUUCUUUACAUGUUUAUCACAUGUCUGGUAUAUUCCCUUAAGUAAAAGCAGUACAGUGAGUAUGCAGUACAUGUUGUUGCAGUACAGUGAGUAUAUUUAGAGUAGGGCUUCUAAAUUGUGAGCUUAAUUAUUUAGCAUUUUAAAACGGACACCAUAUGACAACUUCAACUUUAACUUCAAAGAGAAUGAAAUUGUCAAGAUUGCAGUUGUGUGGUUCUCUUCCAAAAGAGGUGAAGUAUUUAUUUGCACUGUCUUUGUGGGUGAAUGUACUUUUUAUGAGAUUGACGAUCACAUUUUAAGACGAUGUCGAGGUACUAAAAGGGGAAUACCACUCACCAAGUGAUGCGGCGAGGCAGCUAAAACAUGAACCUGUGCACUUGUCACGGUUUUAGGUGUUUUGCUCUCUGGUUUAUUUCAGAGGACUGUUCUCAGUUUUUGCAGUCGUUGAUUGGAUUGUUCAUACCAGUUGUUUUACAUGUCAAACUACAGCCAACAGCGGUACAAAAGAAGUUUUUAUUUAAUGUGACAUUUAUCAAUUUUUCAACAAGAAUGCCACAAAGUGUUUAUUGCUUAAUGUUUAAAAAAUACUAAUAAAGGAAACGGCACAUCGGAGUUAAUAACUCAAGUAACAUCAGUUCAUUUAGGUUGAAUCAUUUUGGCAGUUUAUUUUUUCCAGAUGUUUUUUUUACCUGGAAGUAAACCUGCAAUGCUUGUUUGGGAAUCUCAGGGAUAACAGACACUACUUCACAUGUGAUUGUCAGUGUUUACAUCAUACAGUUUGUGUUUUGAGCCUCUUCCACUGCUUGUGUGUG